AUGGCGCUCAUCUCCGCCCGCACAAUCAUCACCUCCAUCUCCCUCUUCCACAUAACCCUAGGCUUCUUCUUCCUCACAAACCCGGGUACAAUAGCCGACCAGGCCAUAGUCUACGUGCUCGGCGAGGCCAUGGGCAUGCCCUACGCCCGCAGCUUCGAGUCCCAGUCACCACCUCUCGCUUUCCUUGCCGUGAUCCUCGCCAUCAUCGGAAUUACCGACCUCGUUACUCUCAGUCUCCCCGAGGAGAUUAGCCUCUUCCAUCACUGGGCCACACAAGCUCCCAUCCGCCUCGCCAUAGCCUUCGCCCUCAGCUUCUACUCCUUCAUCUUCUCCUCCUCCUCGCCCCUCUACGCCUCGCCCUCCCAGAACCCACGAGGCCGCAUGGCCCACCCUUCCGCCCACGCCCACAACCCGAGCUACAGCGCCUCCUCGUGGGGCGGCGACGGCCUCAAGAACCGCGUCUUCUUCACUUUUGCCUUCGUCGAGAUGGUCAGCUGGUUUUGGAUCUGGGUUACCUUGAGGGAGGAGAGGGCCCAGGCUAUGGCUAAGAAGGCAAGGAGGAAGAGCUUGAAUUACUAG